AAAAUGUCUACAACAUCAAUAAAUACAAGUUUAACAAAUAUUAAUUUAUUUCCUCCCACAUCUUUAUCUUGUGAUGAAGCUAAACAAAAUCAAAAACAACCACAACAACACCAAAAUAAUCAUAAUCUUUUAACAACAAAACAAAAUUCUCAUUCUUCUAUUAAAAUAAUUCCAAGUCCUUUAGUAAAUACCAGACCUCCUUUACCGUUAGUGUCGGGGAAGACAACAAUUCGAUUAGUACAUGAAAGACUUCGGAGGCAAUCUUAUGAUGUACGUGUACUUAAUCCACCUCUAAAUUCUGAGGGAAAUAGCAUUAUAACGCAUUGCCCACUCCGCCCUCAACGAACAUCCUCAGCUCGAUUAAAUCCAUCAUUUACUUCUCCGUCUUUGGCAGGCUCCUCUCAUUAUUCAAUUGGCUCUUUAGUAGCUAAACGAAGACAGUCUAGGCCGAUAAGCUAUGGAUAUGCUUCUGCUGGAUUUUAUAUUAGGAGAGGGCCGAAUGAUGAAGAAUGGCUAGAAGAAUUUGAUUUUGAUGUUUGUGUCGAUGAUAAUGAUGAAGAUGAGGAAAGGAGACCAUCUACAUCCCAUUCAGUUGAUGCUGAAGGAGAUGAAGAAUGUCUUUCAAAUACGCCUACUCAACAACGUUAUAUUAACGAAGAUGAAACGGAUAAAAACAAUUUAAAAUUAGAUAACAAUUUAAUGAAUGGUGGAAAUAAAUUAAAUAACAACAACAAUAUUAAUAGUGCAUUAUCUCAAUUGUCAUCAUCUUCUUUAUUAAAUCCAUCUUCCUUACCUUUACAGAAUGGAGUAGAGGAAAGAAAUAUUAUUUUAUUAUCUCCUUCUUCACAGUCCUCUUCCCCUUUUCCCUCAACAUCUCCAACACCUUAUAGAGGGAAACAAAACGGAAAUUCUAAUGGAGGAAUAUAUACUCGAAAACAUAAUAAUGGUAUUAAUAAUCAACCAAUGGCACUAUUUUUGCUUCGACAGCCCGAUCAAAGAAUUUUGCCUGCUGACCAAUUUAUUCAAUCUCUGAGUGAGAAAUGUCGUGAAUCUAUAAGAAAAUUUUUGGAAAAAGAAUCUCCAGAUGACGGAGAAUGUUAUUUAUGGGUACGUGAUGAUGUUAAUAUGAAGGUAGGAAUUGAAUUAAUAAUUAUUUAA